AAAUAGCUAAAUAUUAUUUAUUAAUACAUAAAUAAAUAAGGAAAAUGCGUUUGCAUAUUUUUAUAAUAUUAAUCUACUUCCUAAGAACAACUAAAGGACAUAUAAAUCUACCAGUAUUUAUGUUAGAUUUUGAUAGAGUCCUGACUCACGUAAAAGUUGAACCUAAUCCGCUCGUUAAAAUGUCUAAUGAAUUUUUCCUAGAUAUUCUUCAAGAUUCGUUGAGAAGUAGCAAAGUGGUCGUUAUUUUUGUCGAGGAAAUGUUAUGUUCGGAGGACAUAAGUAGUAGGGAUAUUAAGGGUACGCCAUAUCUUAAUUUGCAUGAAGGAUUAUUAACUGAGCGAGUUAGGUAUUUCCCAGCGGUGCGUAACCCAUACAAGUCACUAAAGCAGAUAUUCGCAAAUCACAAUACGAACGUAUUCCACGUAAGUAAUAUGGAUAAAUUGAAGAUGUACGAUUCCCGUAAUAGCCACUACUACAUAUACUUUGAAGAUACUUUAAAUGAAACCAGAAUCGAGACAUUGCGAAGACAUGAUUUGAUUAUAAAAGAAAUUUAUCACGCUGUCAGGAAUUAUGCUACUGGACCGGUUCUUGGGUUUUAUACUGGCAAAAAUAAUCCUAUGCUUGGUAAAGAAACUAAAGUGCUACCUUUGAAACGUAAUAUAAUCUCUUCGGAUACUGGAGUUUCUGUUGAGAGUAACGACGCCUUAUUUCACUUUGUCGGUGUUUACUCAUCGAGCGCGAAACGUCAGUCCAGAUUCAGCCAAGCUCCCGUGGUUGCAGACGAGAGACUUACGAGACGACAUUUGUCGACAAAAGUGGCGUACACCGAUUUUGAAUUAGAAUUUAACUUCUCUUUCAAGAAGGACGGAUGGAUUAUAGAUGAUGUAGCGUUGCUGGAAGGGGGAGAAGAAGUAGGGCGUACCAGGAUGUGUGCUGGUGCUCCCUGGGAGCAUUCUUAUGUAUGCGGGGAACCACUCGUCAUUAUUAAUUUGAGAGAUGGCAGCGCUGUCACCAUAUCCUUCUACCAGAUACAGGCAUUCAGACGCAGCGGACGGAGUUACGACGACGACACCAUUUUUCCGGAAUGGGAUUUCCGGAGAGGAAAUAACAAUUCUAAGGGAUUCGGGCCAGGCGUGAAUUGCGGGCCAUAUUUCACUUCGACCAUAAUUGCCUCUUUGUUUGUUACAUCCGUAUGUUUCGGGAUCAUGGUGGUAGGUGUGACAGCACUUAUGAAUUGCGUUACCAAUGACAGAUACGAUGAUCCGCAAGGAAAGCCGCUAUCGAUUGGCGCGGAGGUAGCCGGCUAAUAUUUUAACUUCAGAACGUAGGUUUCUGAGACUAAAAUGACUGUGGGAUGACAUGUUUCAUACAGAUAUUUUGGUCUCAGAAACCAACGGUUUGGUAAUAACUUAAAAAAGUUUCUCGUAUUCAAACUACAUAAUUGUGAUUCUAUUUUGAA